UAGCUCAAAUGCCGAUUUUGUUUUCAAUGAGCAGCGAAAGCAUGCGAACGUGAGCGGAGAAAUAAAAUUUCAAUUAGACGAGCAGUAAUAACGGAACGGUACGGUGUUACGAUAAUGCGUUUUGCGUUUUUCUUGUUACGGGACGGCACAAAUUGAAAUGAAAUAUUGAAAAGAAUAAGAAAAGAAAAAUUGUUUUCAAUAAGAAAGUGUUGGUAGAAUUUUCGAUGGAAAUUUGAAAAAGAAAAAAGUAAAAAGUGAAAAUUUUUGGCAGAAAAUUAAGUGUUAGAAUAUAUUAAUAAGUGAUAAUUUGUGUAUUGAUUUUCCUUUAAAGUGCAAAGAAGAAAUUUUAAAAAUUGAAACAAAAUUAACUAAGGGAUGGAAGUGAAAAUCACCGGAACGCAGCAUAAUUUUUUGUAUACGCUUGAUAAAUGAAGCAUAAAAGGCCAGCAGCCAGCCAGCCAGCCUGUAUGGAAUACCCAAUCAAUAUCUCAUCCGUAGACGGCCAUAAUUGUUCAUGAGCAAACCCACAAGAACACAAAAAAACAGUAGCAGCAAAAAUUUCGAAAGGCCAUUUGGAACUGCCGAACCACCAAUUCGCUGAGGAUUUUAGAACAAAUGUUUGCAUGUUUUUACAACAAGAGGGCAUGAAAUUACAAUUAUAAGCCCGGCACUUCAAGUGUAGACUUCCCCUUUUUUAAGCGACACAAAAUAAUUUAGUUCUCCUGCUGCAGCUGAAAAAUGUUGAUGAAAUACCUUUGACAACUUUGAGAAAAAAAGAUACACGACAAACGACAUUCAUCAGGGCAGCGGAAUAGCUGAUACAUAUUUUUCUUUGGGCCCGACCCCUACCUCAUUUAUCCUUCUUGCCCAACCGGCCUGUUAACCAAACAACCCAACCAGCCAGCCAGCCAACCUAACCAACUACAUUCACAACAUUACACAUUCUCACAGAUACAGAUAAUUGAGCUCUCCGGCUUAGCCACAUACAAAAGUUGUACUGGCAUCCGAACCAACCGACCACAAACCAUAAUUGAGAAGAAAAAAAAGGUUCAAGGAACAAACAUACAACAAUUUUGGUCAAAGAUUACGGUACAUUUUUUACCUCAACAAGUAUUGUUUUCAAAAGUAAAUCUCAAAAAAAAAUCUACCGCUCCCCGAAAACUAAACAAGAGAAUCAAAACAGAACCCAGAAAAAAGAACCACAACAAAAGAUAUUCGAUAUUUGAUUUUGUCAGCAAAAAUCAAAACAAACAACAUAAAUACAGGUUUGGCGAGCACUAAGAGCGACAACAACACAAAUCUCAGAGUGCCAAAUUUCGAGAGCAACCAAAAAGAAAACCACGACCUCUACGAGACAGCACCACUAGUUUGAUGACAAACUCCGCAGGUUAUCAGCGUCAUUCUUAAAAUCAACAACAACACCAACACCAGAACACCGAAUUCCAUCAGCGAACGAGACCUACGACGACAGCUGCAUUUUCGUUUUUUGUCGUCCUUGAGUCACAUACCGCACUCUAUCUCUCACCCUAAGUGAUACGUCCGUCCGGCUCUAAGACCUCAACAUCAACAGCCUGAUUCUUGUGAAUUUGCAACAAACAAAACGAUCAACGAGCAGAGCUGUUCGUACUUGAACAACAGCAACAACAAAUAACUCUUUUUAUUGUCUUAAUCGGGUUUUUGUUCACAACGCUUAUGUUGUUGUUUUUUUAUUACGCUGCACAUUUUUGAACCUGUUUUAAUCUCCCCGUGUGUGUAAGCGCCCAUAGUGCAGUCGUUCUCCGUACCCGCUGAAAGGUGACUGCUUUUGUUUUGUUUUUCUUGUCCAGUGGUGUUCGUCCAGUGCCGUUUCUGUUUCUAUGAGUGCAAAAAUGAAUAAUUUUCCAGCGGCGACAACAACAACUGAAACGCUACCAAAGAGUGGCCAUGUCAAUGAAGUUUGCAAAGAAUGGCUUGUACGUGAGGACGGUGCCUUGGCCUAUAAACUUCAAUCCCAAGAGAUCACCGAUUUCUAUAAGGGCAAUCGUAUACGCAAUGCUGUGGUAAGAGAAGAUUUUCCCACAGCCUUGCAGGAGCAAAUUAAGGAAAAGGAGACGGCUGAAAAACAAGCCGAGGCCUAUAGGCGUAAAUUGAAGGAACAGGAAGAGUAUGACAAACGUGUGGCCAAAGAAAUUGCCGAAAAACUGGAAAGAGAUUUACAAGAGCAACGCUUGAGAGAAUUGGAAAGUGAAAGAAUUGCACAGGAUAUGCAGGCAAUCUAUGUAAAUUUACCACCUGUACCCCCACCAUCGGCACGCGACAAAAACAAGGUACCACCACCCAGACCAGCUAAAAGCUCCACUUUGUUACAAACCCAACAGCAACAACACCAGUCCAUAUCACCACCCAGUGGCCAUCGCAAUCCACUAACGCAACAACAACAACAACACAGUCCACAAUUCCCAAUACAAUUGCAACAGCAUCAUUUCACAUCCAAUGCCCCGGAUGGUUGUUAUGUUGGUCUAGCAUUGCAUGCUACCCCAGCACAACAGCAGAGAUCGCCAACCAACACCUGUAGUAGUAAUUUAGUGGUAGGUGGUGAUAGUAAAUUGUCACCAACUCAGCUAAUCUCGAAACAUCAACAACAACAACAAUUACACUUUCAUUCACAGCCCAACAACAGUCAGUCAUCACCAUCACCAACAUCCUCAUCGUCGCCAUCGUUUACAUAUCGCGCUGGAGCACCACCAAAGGGAGGAUCACCCAUGAACUCAUUGUGCUCAUCGUCGUCCGCUUCGUGGCGUCAUGUAAUUGAGAGUCAACUAAAUAUGCCGCAACCCCUAACACCCACAAGUCCACACACACCACUCACGCCCAAAACACCCAAUACACACGCCUUUAUGCACACUCCACCACCACUGUCAUUGAAUGGCAACGGCGGCACACCACCUCACAUUUCCUUCCAACAUCCCGAUGUUGAGGAAAUUAUUGAAUACUCCGAUGUUGCGGACAGCAUCAGACGUUAUGACAUGAACAAAUCCUCGACGGAUACCCUUGAUUCGCACAAAUCACACAAUAGCGCCUCAUCAUCAUCACCAGCACAUUCGCACUCGCAUCAUCACUCGCAAUCGUACAUGCACAAUGCUAGCAAAAUUUCCAUGUCCAGUCGCCUAAUGUCUCCCUCUAAUGAAAAUUUGCUAAAGAAUGAGCAUAAAUUUCAGAAACUCUCUCCCGAGAAAUAUGACAGUCUGGUGGGUAACAAUAAUCUGCAGCAGCAGCAGCAGCAAGGUGCCGUUGCCAAAGAACGUCAACUUCAGGAUCAUGCCGAUGAUAUUGAGUUGUAUGUAGAUCCAUGUGAUUAUAAAGAACUAAAGGAAAUUGGUUUGCCCAUGGGCGAAAUAAAGGAGCUAAAUGCCAAAAUAAAACAGGAACAAAAAGAUGAGCUCUUAGCUCGCCGCUUACAAGAAAUGGAAGUUAGCGAUGGCAUGACUCUGGAAGAACGUGAUCGCAUGCUGGCCAUAGAAGCUCAAGACAAAGAAUUGGCUAAAAUGUUGCAAGAAAGGAUGGAUUAUACUACGUGGGAUAUACUGAGACCCGGUGUAGUAACAAUUAAUCGGGGUUUUAGUUUUUCUCGUGCCAUAUCCGAUUUAUGUUUAGAACCACUAACGGGAAUAUUUCCAAGGGAUACGUCGACUAGAAUAUGGGAAAAAGCCAAAGCAAAACGUGCCAAAGAGAAGGCAAGACAACGCAAGAGUCAACAGGGCAAGGAACCACAAUUAUUACAGCCCCAUCUAGCGAAUGGCAAUGGUGUUCACUUUCCACAUCCAGACAACGUUAUGCAGACAUCGACAAGUAGUUCAGUCCGACAAAGUCACAUGUCAUCCAUGGAUAAUAGCCCACAACAAUAUCAUCAGCAAGAUCAAGAAGAUCCCUUGGAUUUGGAAGCCUAUUCCAGUCCCAUCGAUGUGCUCAAACACACACAACGCACACAAAAUGGCUGUCUAACCAAUGGUAGUCUUCAACGUGAUAUUGUCAGUCAACAGGCUCGGGUUGCUAGUUUGGCAAAGGAUGAUGAUAUUUAUACACUGCCCGUCGAUAGUUGCCGCCCGGGACCAACACAACCUCUGGCGACUAGUACAAGUUUAAGGCCAGCAUCCAUGAAUGUUUGUGGCGAGACGAUUCAAACAAAUGGGGUGCACAGUGGGGGAUAUUCCCAAAACUCAAUGACAAGAUCUGAAAACUAUUCCAUACACUCACAUGACUCGGUUAAUUCACGUCACAGCUCCACAUCCAAAACACAAGCCUUUGGUAUAUAUAUCAAAACUCAAGCCCCACACCUCCUUACAUGCCAAUUCAAGGUACGCGACGAUCGAAUUCAAGUGAAGAUCGUAAAAAGAAAUCCAAGGACAAUAAAUGUACCCAUCAGUAAAGAAAAUCACCCCAUCUAAGAAGAAUGGUGGUGGUAUAAAUGGCCAAAGUAAAAUUAUAAUUAUUAUCACAGAGAUGAAACCCUAUCUCGAAGAGAGCAAAACAAGUCCAUAACAAUUAAAUUGUUAUUGAAGAAAAGAAAGUUUUUUUUUUUUUUGUUAAAUUCGCUUAAGAAAUCGUUAAGAAUCUUUAGGAAAGAAAAGUAAACAAAACUAAGUCAAGAUUUUUGAGAGAAAAUUAAAAAGCAGAACAUUAUUUGGAAUGAAGGAGAACUCAUCUCAACUGGUGGUUAGGAAAAGCAAACAGGAAGAAUGCUGAACCCACCACAAACAAAACUGCUUCAAUCACUGCAAAACAAAAAGACUCCUGGAAAUAGCAUCCUUCUUAAGAAUUCCCAACCCCAACAUAGUAUAAAUGUUACAUAACAACCUCUCCAUUUUUGGUAACUUCGUCCAAAGACAGAACAAACAAAACACAAAACUUGUUGGUUAGCUGUUUCCAUAGUUAAAUUAAAAACUAACUAUCUGCUGAAUUUAUUCUGAUAUCAAAAAAACGUGAAAAACUUUAAACUGAUUUUUUAUAGUUAUUCUAAUCUAGGCAUAGUUUUAUUAUCACUUAAUAACGACGACUAUCGUCGUACAUACAGACAUGAGAAUAUACCUUAUAUUAAUUUAUAGUAUUCGAAUAUAAAACUAAAUUAUAUCUACAUACAUAAAUACACAUACAUUAUAUACUUACAUACCUAAACACACACACAUAUAGAAUUCAUAAUCAAAACUUUAAGUAUCCAAUAUUUAAGGGUAUUUUCUAUGAUCUACUAUAUAUACAUACAUACUUAUAUAUCUAGUACAUACAAACGUAUCUACGUGCUUACACAUAUACAUUAUAUAUCUAUACAAUUUUUUUUCGUAAUAUUUAAGCUUUGAAAAUAAAUAAUUCUUAGGAAAAUUGAAAA